AUGGGUUCGCCCCGGUCAGUUGAUGCCUUUCCAAAUUUCCCAUCUUCAAUCCCGAUCCCCAAUUCUGCGACCUGGGUGAAUAAGAUGGGUCCAAACGCCAUAGCUGGACCCAGCUCAGAAGGUGCUUUACCUCGUAAGACGUCUCGAGCAUCAACUCCAUCUCCUCCGAAAUCACCUUCAUCUGCACCUCCUACACCAUCAGUCAUCGCUGUGACGCAUCCUUCACAGUUCAUACAUACACAUCAUCCUCGACGCGGUUCUUUAACUCCAUUAGGCUUAAACCUUAUAUCACCUGUCCCACCACAUGUCAAUCGCGAUCGUAGCGGAAGUGGUAGUGGUAGUCAACCAACGACCUCGCGCAGUGUAGGAUUUCAGCAGCCUUGGCCCGGCGCCGACCUCGGGGCAGCGAAUAUCGCGGGAGGGGGAUCAUUAUUAGGUCAACGACGCGGUUCUGCUGCGAGUACAACAUCCACUCUGACCCAAUCCAGACCUCCUCCUCAACAAAUCGCUCAUUCCUUCUACCCACCCGAUUGGAAUCCUGGACGUCGACGAUCCUCCCUCACUCCUUCAGGUCCGACACUUGCUGCUCCAUCGCCCACUCGAACCCACAUCAGUGGGAAAACCUCCAGACCUGUAAGCAGCGAUGGAAGUAACGGUACGCCCUCUCUACGCUCUAGACACAGAGUUCUCGGUACAGAGUCUAUCGCACCUGACUCAAUAUCGCCAUCACCUUUCUCUGGUGCCCCGCCAGAUGGAUAUGCGAGAAGAGGUAGUUUACCUCAUCUGGGAUACAAUGCAUGGACAGGACCAGGUCACAGGACUUGGAACCCUGUCUUGCCCCCUCCGAGAGGAAGUGUAGGUGAAAUUGCUGCCGAGGACAUUCGACUGCCCGAUGAAGGCUUCAAGUUCGGUUCGGUCGGUGGUCACGCGAGUGGAAGCGGGACGGGCACGUCUCCUGCGACAGCUGCGCUCCGAGCGGUCGACCUUUCGCCGAAUAGUAGUGGUAGAAGAGCUUCGAUCAGGAAGAGAGACGAGAUGGACGUGUUUGAGCAAGCAGAAGAAGCUGAAGCGGAAAGGCAAAGAAGAGCGUUCCUGGCAGCCACCUAUGGUGAAGAUGGGAAGAGAGCUAGAGAGAGGUUGAGUAUAGGUGCUCAAGGUGGUCAGGGUCCGCCCGGUACGCCUGCCGGCGGACUACGAAGGCAGAGUUUGCUGUUAUGGGAAAGAAUGGGUAUGGCGAAACAAUCAAGUGAUGGUGAGAUAGCACCAAGUUCAGCCCCCCCUGUGCCCUCACACUUGUUCCCUGCCAAUGGUUUGUUGGCGGAAGGCGAUCUCGCACAGCGUCGUGGAAGUCUACCAAUCGCUAUACCUGGUGGAGGACUCGGUCGAAGUCCGUCGAGACGUUCUGCUAGGGAACACAAAAAGGAUUCGCCUGCCACUGUCGUCGAGAAAGAUCCAGAAGGAACAGCGGAAGAAGAGGAGGAGGGCGAUGAGGAUGGAGAUGAGGAUGAACCGAUGGAUGAAGAUGAGGAUGAAUUGCAUGAAUUGAGUGAAGAUGGACAGAACCUCACCGCACCUCUUCGACCUCUCCCUCCGUUAUUGCCGCUGUCGGAUCCUGGUCCUCGCCUUCUACCUUCUACUUUGGCGUUGCACCGAGCGAAUCAUCUACUUCAAUCGCGCAAUUUACAAUCCGAUCCCUUACCGCACCCACUUCCUCCAUCUUUACACCCUCCUGCGCCUGUCGACGUUUCUGAGUUCGACAUUGAUUUUAUCCUCGCCGGGUCUCAAGCCCAACUAGGUGGACAAGUGAAGAAAAAGAAUACCCCAGUCGAUAUACUACGCACAGCCAGCUCGCCGGAUUUUCCACUCACUCCCGUGCUCAAAUUGGGCGGCGACGAUGAAGAUACCUUUGCGAAAUUCGUGGGAGAAUUCGACGACGAGUAUGGAGGACGACGAGGCGAAUGGACAUUCAGAGCUUGCGCGGCUCAUCAUCCUGGGUCUUUAUCUCCACGCGACCCGCUGGAUACCUCUACUGGGCCUGGUCCUAAAGCCGAAUGGGAAUCGAGCGGUGCAGGUAAAUACGAAUUAUUCCCCAAUGGUGAAGUAAGAUCGACGGUCACCGGACGUUCUUGGCGGGUCUAUCGAUUAGGUAAUAGGGAGUAUGAGCUCGAGGAAGUUAAAUCAACUUCGGACCCGCUUUCCAAUCACAGUGCUGUCUUAGCACCUUCUGGCGCCCGCCUCGGUGGUGAACGGUAUACACUGGCUGGCAAAAAUGUUCAUCGCGAUCAGGGCGGUGUCAAGUUACCUCAUUUCAACACUAGUCAUCUGAUGCAACCUCAGCUUUCACAAGCGUCUGCCCCCACAGGUCGAUCCAGCUCCACUCUCCACUCUACCAGUUCGUACUCGGCUUCACCUGUUACCGAACGUAAGGAUCGGAUGGACAGUGAAGCUUCUAUUUUGACGAUGACUCCCACGUUAUCACAAAGUACUCCUUUAAGCAACAUGGCUGCCUUGGUGACGAAGAAGAAGAAACAUACCACCGAGGACGACUCAAACCAGCAGCAAAGAGGAUCAGUAUCCAGUAAAGAGGAUAAAUCGAAGAGCAAGGGCUUGAACAGAGUACGAAGCAAGGAAGGUGAUUCAGAUGGGAAAAAGGAUAAAUCCAUAGGAGGAGUAUUCAAGCGAGCUCUGAAGAGUUCUGGCUUGGGUGGUGGUGGAUCAUCCGUUUCCGACGAGAAGAAAGCUCAGCGCGAAGAAAGGGAGAGAGAAAGGGUUCAAGCCCACUCUUGGUCCGGUCAGUCGAAUGUCACUCAUCACAAUACCUGGUUCAGCGGGAGUUCGAGAGGACCUGACGGUUUACCUUAUAAAGGUCAACUUCAAGUACAUUCUCACCUUCAACACCAAGUUCCAUCGAAUGGAAAUCGAUCAAGGAUGACUUCGACCUCUACUCAGACGGCUUCAAGUAACAGCGCGACCAGUUCGAGCGAUAGUGGACCUUGGUCAUCUGGUGAACAACCUCGCAAAGCAGCUUCAUCAACUACGAGCGGAGAAGAUGUACUUAUGGCCUCACCUGAAGCUGCUAAUGUGCCCAAAUUUAGAGAAGGAAAAGCUUGGAAUGGGGUACCGGUUGAAGCUGUAGCUAUGAUCAUACCAUUGGAAGAAAUGUCCUCUACUCGACCACCAUUGAACAACACCCAUCGACCUACUUUGCACCCUUUCUUCCUGGAAGGGUCAAAACAGGCUUUAUUGGUAUGGUAUAUGCCUUUCAAUGCGGAACAUGACGAAUACGAUCAACAGAGACCCUCGACAGCAUCUUCCAAAGCUUCAGUAUCAGUAUCGGACCAACCUUCCCAAUUGUCACAAUCACAAUCAUCCACUUUCACCCCUGGUACCACCCCAGGAUCGUCAGCUCCAGUUGGUUCAUUACCAAAGUUCCAGAAAUUACUCAGGAGAAGAGCGAGUAAAGAGAAUAAUAUGGUUAAAAAGGAAUCUAACGCUUCGACUCACGCUCACUCUCAUGUAAUCGCACCACCUCAUAUUGGUUCAUCACCGAUAACCGCUAAACAGGCUGGGUGGUAUGCAAAUAAUCUGUCAAGACUCAAUGGCGAAUUGUCAUUACCGCCUUUACCAUUCAGGUCUUUCAGAGUAGUCGCCAAGGUCAUCGACGUCCAAGAUUUGAAAUCGACGCCUGAAAAUGGUAUUGAUAACGGGAAUGGUAAUCCAGAUGCUUUAUCCGCAAUCAAUCAAGAUUCAUCGUCUCGUGUUGAAGAAGAUAAAAAUGUGUUACUCAACUCGGAUUCCAAGAAUGAAAAUAAAGGCAACGACGAUCUCAAUGCGAUAUCACCUUUCUCAGAUGACGCCAAGACAGUUCAAGUUUCCCGAACGGGCAAAUCAAUGCCUACCGUCAUAGCAGUCUGUCACUCUAGAUCGCAAGGUGUCGAAUUCGUAUUGGAAGGUUUGGAUAGGUUGGGCUUAUGUAUUGGUGAAUCUGCUUGGGGACCUACGGGAUAUGAAGAAUGGAGAGGAACGGGGCUAAGUGAGAAGGGCAGGGAAUUGUUGGAUAUUCUCUGGGCGGGAUGUACGGGCGUGAUGGGUUUGUCUGCUUUAUAA